AUGGCUGCCAUCUUAUGCCGCGGCGUAGGCCAAAUGUGCGAGAAGACCUGUCGCCAUGCAGGUUCGUUGCCCUGUUGCCACAACAACGAUGACGAAGAGUCAGCCUCCUCGUCGUUAGUACUAACCAAGAAGGAUUCCUGCAGCUAUUUUGGUCGCUGCGGGAAUGGCUUCUGCGGGUGUGGCAAAUACUUGCAUGCUCUCAAGCACAUUUGCACAAACCCAUUCGGUAUCUUCGUUACAGUCACGGUCGUCUCCAACAUCCCGCCCAUGCUCAUUGCAUUGACGGAAGUGGGAAAUCUGCACUUUGAGGCGGGACAACCCGUUUGCUACGGAACCCUGUGGUUACUCGUCAACUUUCUCUUUUGCUGGGUACACAUCAUUGCCUCAUUCUACAUUGCCGUCAGCAUCAAUCAUCAUCGGUCACACGACAACCGAAACAAACGACACCACCAACAUCAAAAUCAAAAUCAUCGCAGUACGACCAUCAGCACCGCCAGUCUAAAUCACUCCUAUUCCUACGGACCAGAUCGAACUAUCUUUCGUCGAGCUUCCAACCUCUUUUGUUACGAUCCCGUACUGGCGGUCUACAUAUUGACCAACUGUGUCUACGUAGGGUUUGUCUUUGUACCCAAACUCUUUCAUCUGGAUGACCCCAACUUUAAUGACAACAACAAUGGCGUCUGCAGCUUGUACAUUCAUGAAAAGGUCAUUGCCACUGUCGGCUUUGCCUGGGCAUUUCUGGGAUUCGGGUUGGGAGCUCUCGCAUUGAGCUUUGGUUUCGCCUACGUCGAUGCAACACGCCGAUCACGACAUGAAAAGGCGGCGGUUGAUUCAGAAUUCGCAACUCACCUUAGUGACUUGGACGGCACAGAAGAAACAUCUGUUUACACCAGCAUGAACAUGAACAACCUAGUGAUGAUGAUGGAAGGCGGACAGCACGUUUACGGCAAUGACACGAAAGGAAGCAACCACACGGACGCAAGUCCCAAUGUAAGCCAUGCCAACAAGAGAGCGGGUCGAGAAGGACCGCACAUUGUAUUGGAUGAGUACAUCCCGCCAAUGAUUGCGUACGAUCAAAAGGAUGAUGGCGCAGAACUCCUCUCCGAAACAGACCAACAAUAUAGACAGACGGACUAUGAACAGCAGCUCAAGCAGAAACGCGUGGAAGAGACACUCAACAAAGUCAUUUUGAGUGACAAUGAGCAUGACACCACCGUCGCUGAUUUUGCCACAGACGUGGAGGAAACAGAUUUGGAGGACGAGGACUCGGCGGGCAGGACCAAAAGGAGGCGACGGAUAAACAAUAAGAGGACAACCAUAACGUACGUGGAAGAACCGACAACCUCGUACGAAGUGCAGGAAGACACAGAAUCCACCACGGAAGGGUUUGGAACCGAUAUUAUGUACGCCUCGGAAACCGAUCGAUACAUGGACGGCGGAGAGACAACAGAUGCGGGAGGCCCUUCCUUUGAGACGACUGAUAUUGACCAAGCGAUUGACUUGACCGAUAACGAAGCGAGGGCGGCUGCCAACUUGGAUCUGGUCAUGGCCGUUAGUCAGGAUCCUACAAUUUCCUUUGAUCCUCUGGACACCGAUGAUGAAAGCGUCCCGGGAAGCAUUGCUGGUAGUAUUGCCAGUCUUGUCAACAGUAUAACCGGCAGUAUCGGUGCGGGCAGUGUCGGUACUUACUCUGCUCGCGGUAGUGGGAGCAUUGGCAGGAACACGAAUGGUCGGUCGAGGUCGCAAAGCCCUUCGAAGAAAGUAAUCACGUUGCCCAUCCAAAAGAACAACAAUGGCAGCAGCAAUGGCAGCAGCAAUAAGAAGAGAAAGGACAUCAGUCCCUCAAGACGAGUGGCAUCGUCGCUGCUUUCAAAUCAUGCACUUGCCGAUGAUACGGAUACGGACAAAUCUCAGGCAGUGAUUGACUUGAUUGAUCCAUCCUUUGCCUCCAGGCAUCACAACGCACAUCAUCCGCUAGGAAUGCCUCUUGGCUCUGCCAACAAGAACGGAACUGGCAAGAACCAAAAAAAGAACAAGAACAACGGCAACGGCAACCGCAACCUAGAGCAGUAUUACCACGAGGCCUCUUUGACCUACAGUACGUCCAUAGGCACCAUUGUGGGUCCAAUGGAGCCUUUGUCGUUCGUGGACGGAGGCGGUGCGAACGAUGGCAUUGGCAUCACGAUGCCGCCACCGAAUAUACGGCAUCUCGCCACAGAUUUGACACGAGGAACGACUAACACAACGAAGAGCAUGCUGACUGCCAAGUCACCACAGAGCGCAAGAAAACGGAACAACGAUCCUCCAGCGUCCAAAAGCAAAUGA